CACAAGGAAAAAAAGCAUGGCAGAUGAGGAGAACUUACCUGCUGGAUGGGAGAAAAGGAUGAGCCGUAGUUCAGGCAAGGUGUACUACUUUAAUCACAUCACCAAUGCCAGCCAGUGGGAACGACCAGUGGGAGACGGCCGUGGAGACCCAGAUAAGGUACGCUGCUCUCACCUCCUGGUGAAACAUGGUCAGUCACGUCGGCCAUCUUCUUGGCGAGAACAAAACAUUACAAGAACUAAAGAUGAAGCUCUGGACCUCAUUCAGAAGUACAUAGAACAGAUCAAAUCUGGACAGGAAAAGUUUGAGUCUUUAGCCUCUCAGUUCAGCGACUGCAGCUCAGCUAAGAAUGGUGGCGAUCUUGGACUUUUCGGCAGAGGUCAGAUGCAGAAGCCAUUUGAAGACGCCUCCUUUGCUCUCAAAGUGGGAGACAUCAGCGGCCCUGUGUUUACUGACUCUGGAGUUCACGUCAUUUUACGCACUGGCUGAAAUCAAGUCACCACUGUACCUCUUCCUGCUCUUGACACAUACCUAGUCCAACUCAGCCAGGCCUGCAAUUUCCUUUUUGACACAUAGAGCCCUGUAAAUAAAGCUUACAGCCUUCAUCACAUCAUUUUAGGUGGGACUAGUAGGUACAAGCACUACUGAAUAAGGAUGAACAGCUUAUCUACUCCUGAAAAUCAAAGAGUAUGCAGAUUAUACCUGAAGACCUCAAGCUUUUAUUAAAAACGUAACGUCGCCAGAUAAACAUUAGUGCCUGCUGAAGUGAGCUUCCCCCCCAUAGAAACACGUGAGAUUAGCAACACAUUUAAAAAGGCUGCAUUUGGUUUGUGUGUCUCAAAAAAAGGACCAUUUACUGUAUGUUUUCUUGUAACUUCUUGCAUUGCGACUGUAUGUGUGCCAAAGCAGUUCCUUUGUCUACAUCACAGUUCAUGAUUAAUAUGUUUAAAAAGUUUAAGACAUUGCACAUGUUUC